AUGGCCUCUCGCAAAUCGCUCACCCGCGAACAAGUCGCAUCUGCUCAGCUACUGGGCGACUAUUCCAUCAAGUCGGAGAGCACCCAACCAAUAUUGGACACGUCCCAAUGGCCUCUCCUCCUGAAAAACUACGACAAACUACUUGUGCGGUCUGCGCAUUUCACCCCCAUACCUUCUGGCUGCAGUCCUUUGAAGCGGGACAUCACAUCAUAUGUCAAGUCUGGUGUCAUAAACUUAGACAAGCCGUCAAAUCCAUCCUCACAUGAAGUUGUCGCGUGGCUGAGGAGAAUUUUGAGGGUGGAAAAGACUGGCCACAGUGGUACUCUAGACCCAAAAGUCACAGGGUGCCUGAUUGUCUGCAUUGACCGGGCAACCAGGCUGGUGAAGUCUCAGCAGGGCGCAGGAAAGGAGUAUGUUGCAGUCCUGCGUAUCCACUCAACCCUCCCAAACCCUGCCUCCCUCCCUCGCGCCAUCCAGACACUUACAGGUGCGCUGUUUCAGCGACCCCCGCUAAUCUCCGCAGUCAAGCGACAGCUGCGAAUACGAACCAUUUAUGAAUCCAACCUGCUUGAGUUCGAUGAGAAGCGCAAUCUUGCAGUGUUCUGGGUGUCGUGCGAGGCGGGCACGUACAUUCGGACAUUAUGUGUACAUUUGGGGUUGAUUUUAGGUGUGGGUGGUCAUAUGCAGGAACUGAGACGUGUACGGAGUGGUGCGUUGAGCGAGAACGACGACAUGGUAACGAUGCACGAUGUUCUGGAUGCACAGUGGGUCUACGAUACGUCACGAGACGAAACAUAUCUGCGACGCGUCAUUCGACCACUAGAGUCAUUGUUAGUCGGAUACAAGCGCAUAGUGGUCAAAGACAGUGCAGUCAACGCGGUUUGUUACGGUGCGAAGUUGAUGAUUCCCGGCUUGCUGCGUUACGAGGCCGACAUUUCGCUUCACGAGGAGGUCGUGCUCAUGACCACGAAGGGUGAAGCCAUUGCUUUGGCAAUAGCACAAAUGUCGACGGUGGAGCUCGCCACCUGUGAUCACGGUGUCGUUGCGAAGGUCAAGCGUUGCAUCAUGGAGCGUGAUACAUACCCUCGCCGGUGGGGUCUCGGACCCAAAGCCUUGGAGAAGAAAAAGAUGGUUAAGGAGGGGAAGCUCGGCAAGUAUGGCGAAAAGAUACAGGGUGUCACCCCGGCAGAAUGGAGCAAGGACUAUGUCGACUACUCGCGAGAGGAACCAACCGCAGGACCGUCUGCAACGCCCGCCGCCACCGCUGCUGCCCCGGCCGUUGCAGAAGCCAGUCCAUCAAAGGAAAAGGAAAAGGAGAAGAAGCGCAAGCGGAAAUCGGAGGUAGCUGAUACCGAUGGCGACGUCUCAAUGGCGGUGGAGGCGAACGACGAGGAGGAUGAAGCUGCUCGCACAGAACGGAAGCGGCUGAAAAAGGAGAAGAAGGCCGCGAAGGAAGCUGCGAAGGUGGAAGAAGUGGAAGAUGAUGAGGCAAGACGGGAGAGAAAGAGACUGAAGAAGGAGAAAAAGGCGCGGGAGUCGAUGGGUGGCGAGUCAUAG